AUGGGCUCCAUAGGGAGCCAGCGCCUCAAGGAGCCCCAUGAGUUGGCCACACCUGACCGGAGUGUGGUGACCAGCUUCAGCUUUGACAGCUUCCAGCUGGAGGCCACUGCAGCAGAGGCCGCUCAGGACCAGGGCGUCAGGGCCAGGGGUGUGUCCACAUUCAUGGAUUCAGUGGUGGAAGAACCAGUGCCAGAGGAUCGCUACCAUGCCAUCUACUUCGCCAUGCUGCUGGCUGGUGUAGGUUUCCUGUUGCCCUACAACAGUUUCAUCACCGAUGUUGAUUAUCUGCACCACAAGUACCCAGGGACCUCCAUCGUGUUUGACAUGAGCCUCACCUACAUCCUGGUGGCACUGGCAGCCGUGCUUCUGAACAAUGUGGUGGUGGAGGGGCUGAGUCUGCACACGAGGAUCACCACAGGCUACCUCCUAGCCUUGGGGCCUCUGCUCUUUAUCAGCAUCUGUGAUGUGUGGCUUCAGCUCUUCUCUCACGACCAGGCCUACGCCAUCAAUCUGGCUGCCGUGGGCACCGUGGCCUUCGGCUGUACAGUGCAGCAAUCAAGCUUCUAUGGGUACACGGGGUUGCUGCCCAAGAGGUACACGCAGGGAGUGAUGACCGGGGAGAGCACGGCGGGGGUGAUGAUCUCCCUGAGCCGCAUCCUCACCAAGCUGCUGCUGUCGGACGAGCGCGCCAGCACGCUCAUCUUCUUCCUGGUUUCGGUGGGUCUGGAGCUGCUCUGCUUCCUGCUGCACCUGCUGGUGCGGCGGAGCCGCUUCGUGCUCUACCACACGUCGAGGCCGAGGGACAGCCGUCGUGCCCGGGCUGGCUACCGUGUGCACCACGACGUGGUCACCGGGGACGUCCACUUGGAACACCAAGCCCCAGCCCUGACCACCAGUGGGUCCCCAAAGGACAGCCCAGCCCAUGAGCCAUCAGGGGGCAGCAGUGGAGCCUACGUGCGUUUUGAUGUGCCCCGGCCCCGAGCCAAGCGCAGCUGGCCCACCUUCAGAGCCCUGCUGUUGCACCGGUACGUGGUGGCACGGGUCAUCUGGGCUGACAUGCUAUCCAUCGCCGUGACCUACUUCAUCACGCUGUGCCUCUUCCCCGGCCUGGAGUCCGAGAUCCGCCACUGCGUGCUGGGCGAGUGGCUGCCCAUCCUGGUCAUGGCUGUGUUCAACCUGUCUGACUUCGUGGGCAAGAUCCUGGCAGCUCUGCCUGUGGACUGGCGGGGCACACACCUGCUGGCCUGCUCCUGCCUGCGUGUGGUCUUCAUCCCCCUCUUCAUCCUGUGCGUGUACCCCAGCGGCAUGCCAGCCCUCCGCCACCCGGCCUGGCCCUGCGUCUUCUCACUGCUCAUGGGCAUUAGCAAUGGCUACUUCGGCAGUGUGCCCAUGAUCUUGGCAGCUGGCAAAGUGAGCCCCAAGCAGCGGGAGCUGGCAGGGAACACCAUGACGGUGUCGUACAUGUCGGGGUUGACGCUGGGCUCUGCCGUGGCCUACUGCACCUACAGUCUGACCCGCGAAGCGCACAGCAGCUGCUUCCACACCACCAACGGCUCCGUCCCCACCGGGCCCUGAGCCCAACGCUGCACCUGCCCGAAGCUCCUGGCGGGGGAGCCUCGGGGCUCGAUGAGGGCCUCCCCUCCCCGAGGCCUGGGGCUCCCCU